AUGGAUAGAUUAAAAGAUAUUGAGAGUAUGGCGCAUGGACAUGCUGGUGCUUUAGCUGGCCUCUUUUCUACUUGCCUACUUUAUCCUCUAGAAAACAUAAAAACAAGAAUGGCAGCAUCCUAAUAGAAAGAGGCCAUCCAAGAGGUUAUUAUUCAAGUGUGGGAUUAGGAAGGGGUCUGGGGAUUUUUUAAAGGUGUCACUCCUCUAGCUUUAGGCAACUAUAUUUCAUAUGGAGUCUACUUUUUUUGGUAUGAGUAUUUUAAACAUUUGUUUAAAACAGAUAUUGCUAAUUCAUUUGACUUAAUUAAGCCAUCCUUAGCAUCAGCUAUUCUCACAACAUUUGUAACAAAUCCAUUUUGGGUUGUGUAAUCAAGGAUGACAGUCAGCAAAGAUAAUCUGAAUUUUUUUUAUAAGACUAAGCAAAUAAUUGAAAAAGAAGGAUGGGAGGCAUUAAUGAAAGGUUUAUAAGCCUCACUGAUAUUAACAAUAAAUCCGAUAAUUCAAUUUGUCAUCUAUGAAGCAUUCAAAAGAAGACUUUAAUAUGUAGAAAAUUAAGCUUUAGUUAAUUUUAUUGGAGGAGCAAUAUCAAAGGCCAUUUCCACAAUUUUAACAUAUCCUUAUCAGCUUCUGAGGACCAAAAUACAUGUAAAGAAAAAUAGUUCAAAAUCCUAUUUUUCAGCAGUAGAAAAGAUUCUCAAAAAUGAAGGAAUUCAAGGAUUAUUUAAAGGAUUGACACCAAAAUUGUGUUAAUCAGUAUUAAAUUCUGCAUUUUUACUUAUGUUUUAUGAAAAAAUAUAUGAGAUCAUCAAAUAAGGUAUAAUCCUUAUCAUUAUUGAAAUUUUAAAAUAUCGCAAAAAAUUAAGAAAACUUUAAAAGCUAAAAUGA